CUUCCUCGUUGCCUUUCAUCAAGUUCUCUCCCUGUUAGAAACCUUGAUUUCUCUUCUCUUCAAUUAAUUUGGUUCUAUUAAAAUUAUAGAAGGAGCACUUUAUCCCUUUUGAUUCUUUGCCUUGAUUCAAUUUUGUUUUUGGUGAUUCUCUCUUUCCCAUAACAUGGACGUACUUAAGGCUAUGAAAGCUGAACUGGAAAAGAUGCAGGAGGAGAAAAACUGCAUGGAAGCGUGGUUAAUAGCUGCUGAAAGCGCAUUAAAAGAGACCAAGAGAAUGCUUUGGGAGUAUAAAGCCAUGAAAACACUGGCCGAUCAUUCGCUGAGAGUUUUCAUUGAAGAAAGUGGUGAUAACGUCGAGAACAAUGGUGAGGAUCUUGAUGAGGAUGCCAUGAAGGAAUUGGUGGAGGAAGCUAUGAGGGACUUUACUGAAGCACUGAACGGAGCUCAAUCUCGCGAGAUCAGACCAGCAGAUGGAAGAAAUGAUGGAGGCUAUGACGGUGGUUCUGGCGGUGAUCACUCUAAAGAAAAUGGCGGAACCGACGGUGGUGGCCACUCUGAGUAGUAGGCAACAAGGGGUUUUAUGGUGAUUAGAUCACAGUUGUGUUUAUGUGUUCUGUAUUUGUCAAUGUUGUGGUUUCCUUUGGAAACAU